AUGGCGCGCUCGGACAUGCAGUAUGGCCAGGACCCGGCCUUUCCGGUCUCCAGGAACCGGUGGUCGAUCGACUCCGCCUCGCGAUCAAUCUCCAAGCGAAAUGCCCGCAAGGGCUCCAAAGCCUCGAGUAUGGAAGGCCCUUCAAACAUAGAUUCGGAUUUGUCGCGAGAGCCAUUGCCCUUUCCGGCAUACUCCGACCCAUCUCUAUCGUCAGAGCCGAGGGAGUACGGCUCCAUGCGCUCCACCAAGACGACCCCAGCAAUGAACGCAAGUGACUCGGCUGGAAAAUUCGACUCAACCUUCUUCCUCUCGGGCGCGGGGAUCAAUGACUACAUGGACGGCCUCGACAAUCGUUCCCACAAGAACAAGCACGGGAAGCCAAAGGUGCAUAUCAAGCCCAUGCUUCGAAAGAUGUCGCGCGACGAGGCGACCUCGCAGUCGAUUGACCUCUCCCGCUCCUCCACUGAACAGGAGGGACUGGGCAUCUUUCUGAACCUGGAACGAGAGCGAGAACGCCGCGAAAGUGAAUCGCUGACGGGCGCACCAUAUCGUCGAACGACCUCCGGCAUGCACCACCGAUCGACGAGUGGAACGUCGCAAUUCUCGAUCACGACCGGAUCGAGCGGAGGCAAGCCAGCAUCGCAGUAUGUGUAUCCACUGCGUCCAACGCCCCGCGCAUACACACCUCCCUUGAGUCAGUCGUACCAGACAUCGGCCAAUGAGAGCGAUGACCUGGAUGAGGGAAGCCCGGAAACCCAGGCAAAGAUGCUGUCGGGUGCAGAGCCUCCCCGGACAGCUCGUGCCUCCUCGGGUCCAAUCCCACGUUUAUCCUUACAGAUCGAUGACGACUCAUUUACCCGCUUGCCGGGUAUCUCCCAGACCAACGUCACUGGUCGCCCAUCGUUCGGAUACUCGCGCGAUAACGGAAGCAUCGUGGACACCGCAUCGCCCAUCUCACGCCCCUCGCUGGACCAUGUUUUUCGAAGCCGCACUCGGACCAGUACGGAUCCCGUCUCAAGAGCCGCAACCAUCCAAGCGGCACGGCAGGCGUUCGAGGAGAAAGAGGCCGCCAAGGCUCGCCGCCUCGAGAAGCAACAGAUCAAGGCGGAUGAGCGACAGACCCGGCGCUUGGUAAAGCGCAACUCGCCCGAAGCCCAGGGCUCUCCAGCCACCCAGUCUCGGGAAGAAAUUUCCGAAAAGAAGGGGAACAACAAGGACAACCAGUGGGCCAAGGCAUACAGCGAUGAGCCGUCUGUAUCGUGGAAGUCCCAAUCGAAGAGCAACUGGGUGCUCUUCAUGACGUGGCUCCGCACGCGGGUGUUCAAGUUCCGUCGACGAAUUCGCAAGAUGACCUGA